CAGCAGCAGACCAGACUGACAUACAAGAUCAGUUUAUUUACAGAGAAAAACUUGGCUUUUAUACAUUACGUUUCAAAUGAAACAAAUAAAGAAAAGUCAAAGGAAUUUUUUGUCAAAAGUCGACCAAAGUUGGAGACGAAAAGGGAGGCAACUCUCAUUUGGGUUGAAAAUCUAGGUUGAGCGACACGCCUCCCGAAUAGAUGUCAGAAUGGAGUUUUGACAAUAUUAAAAAUCAGUCAGUUAUUCAAGAUGGACUUAUAGAAAAUAGUGCAGGAAGUUGAUAAGAAUAAACUGAACUUGUUAAGCUUAAAAUGACGACUGCUAAAAAAGAAGUACAAUUUAUAAAUAUUGCGGAGACAGAAGGGGGAGAAAGUUCGACAGAUGGAGAAAAAGAAGAAACUGGUAAAUCGAAUGAGAAUGGAGACUUAAAAACACAAGAAAUUAUUGAAAAAACAGAAGCGAAAAUUUUACUAGCAGCAACAUUAGUUCUAGAUGCCAAGCGAGGGAGGAAUAUCAAUUUUAAAACUGAAGAAAAAUUUGUCAGAUCAUAUUUAUUUUACCAUAGUUGGUAUUUACGCUGGGGUCUCUAUGCUUUUAUAAUAUUAGAUUUAUCCCUAGCAUUUAUAGAAAAACCAGCAGUCUCCUUUGAAGCUCCAUAUUGGGCAACUAUUUUGUUAGAGAUUGUGUGUUUAGUUUUCUUUGUGUCCCGGUUUUGUCAUGCAGCCUAUGUGGAGCAGUCGUCAAGUUUCUGGAAGGAUACAAAACAUCUUAUAGUGCUCAGCACAAUUAUAUUAACUGUAUUAGACAUAAUAUGUUAUAUAAUAUGGAAUCAAGUAGCACCAGAUACCAACCCUGUACGAUGGUCAAGACCUUUGCGACCUCUGUUCAUUAUUAACUUUUCUGAUGGCAAGCAGGUGAGGAGAGCUUUUAGAAAUAUCAGAAGAACAGUACCAGAAAUUAUGAAUGUUCUGAUUUUAUUUUUUCUCAGUGUUCUCUUGUUUGCUCUUCUAGCUCUGAAAUUAUUCUCAAAGCGAAACAGUUUAGAAUAUCCUAAUGGUGAUCCUUAUUUUAAGAAUUAUUGGGAUUGUAUUUGGGAUCUUUAUGUUUUGGUUACCACAGCAAAUAACCCAGAUGUCAUGAUGCCAGCGUAUGAUUACAGUAAUUGGUUUGCAUUGUUUUUUAUUGCCUAUGUUAUUGUCUGUUUGUAUAUAUUUAUGAGUAUUGUACUGGCUGCUAUUUAUAACAACUAUAAGAAAAAUUUAAAGAAUGAAAUUCGAACAUCAGUUUAUAGCAAAAGACGAAAAUUAAAUCGUGCCUUUGAGAUAUUAAAGGAUAAAGUUGGUAGUCAAUAUGUUAUUACGCAGGAAACCUGGAAUCGAUUGAUGAAAAAAAUUUUACCCACGAAAAGUCAACAACAAUUAGAUCUGUUGCUACGAAUACUUGAUAGUGAUGGGGAAAAUGUCUUAAAAAAAACUCAGUUUAUAAAUUUAUCUGAUUUGCUACAUGUAGAAUUAUCAGAAGUGACGGAUAGACAGACAUUCCUCGAGCAUAAAAUACCAUCCAUAUAUAAUCAUAAAGUUAGUAAAGCUAUUAGAUGGGUCGUCAGAACAAGGGGCUUUCGAUGGUCAUUUGAUUUCCUGAUUUUUGUCAAUGCGUUUUUUAUUGCAUUUGAUUUGGAUGAUGCAGACAUGUUCUUUCUGAUCUUUUUCUCUUUGGAAAUACUUUUAAAACUUUACACAUACGGACCUAAAGGAUUCAUCGCAAGAUUCUGGAAUGUUUUUGAUGUAUUGGUAAUCGGGUCCGCUGUAUUGGCAUCUAUUAUAGAGGUUUCUAUUGGAACUUCUAGUGAAGAAUUCCGUACGUUAGAUGUUUUAUUGGUUCUACGAGUGAUGAGAUUAAUCAAAUUGUUUGGAAGUAUACAGAGUUUCCGCAAUCAAAAUGCAAGAUUUAAAGUUAUUAUUAUGACGAUUGUGAAUAUUGGUCCAUCUAUUUUAACAUAUGGUGGCGUUAUUUUUGUAUUUUAUUAUUUUUAUGCUAUUAUUGGAAUGGAAGUGUUCGGUAACAAGAUUCACUUCUAUGGAUACAAUGGUACAGACCUAGAUCCGUUAAAGAAACAUUGCGGCAAUCCAAAGUUAGAGAAUUCGGACUUCUACAACAGCCAUUACUGUAACAACAACUUUAAUAAUAUUUUAAAGGCUUUUGUUGUUUUGUUUGAGUUAACUGUUGUUAAUCAGUGGCAUGUGUUGUCAUCAGGAUUUGUUAUUGUGACUCAUAAAGCAGCUCGAUUUUAUUUCUUCUGUUUUCACCUAACCUGUGUUGUUAUUGUUCUUAAUAUUUUUACUGCAUUUAUUCUAGAGGCGUUUAUAUUAGAAUAUUCUCUACAGAAACAACCUCGUCUAGAAUCAGUAGUAGAAGCUAAAAUAAAAGAACUUGGAUUGGGUAUUGGACUAAAACCAGUAACCCCAGUAAAACCAAAGAAUGAUACAAUAGAAUUAGUUGAAAAUGAAGAAGAGCCAGCCGGUAGCUCUAAUGAACCUGAAGAUGAUUCUGACACAGAGAGUAUACCUGACCUGUCUCAGGAACAAGGUCUACGAUUUCAUCUUAAAAAACGAAGUCGUAAAAAGGUGGAGGUAUUACUACAUCAGAUGUUUGAAGGAGAAAUUGAUGCGGAAGAUGAGGGACCUGAGAAUGAAGACCACGAACCAAGAAAACGUAGACUUACAUUGGAAACUGUUUAGAACGGAACAUGUUUAGGAAAAGUGUUGACAAGACGUUAGCCAUUGUUAAAGAGACAUUAUCAAGUUCACCAAGAAAAUAAAUAUAAUUAAAUUAGAACAAUAUAAUAUUCAAUAGACUUAAGACUACCUAAAUUUCAUAAAAUCCAACCUAAUUUUCAUAAAAUCCAAGUAGUCACGCUCUUUAAAUUAUUUUUGCACCAGCAUCUUCUUACAUGAAAACCACUAAAAAAUGUGUCCGACACAAAGUUAAAAUGUCUAUAACUUCAUUCUAAUUUGAAAACUAUAUAGUUAAUUCGAUCAUUAUUUAUUUACCAGAUAGCUCCAAAAAGCUCCAUAAUUACCUCUUUGAACCACUUACCAUUCCAAUCCAUUCUAUGUGUUGAUAUAAAGACACACAUACGCAAUUUAUGAACUUCAAGUGUUUGUAAUUAAAAUAUAUAUAAUGUCAGUAAAUAUGUUUAUGCUUAUUUUGGCAAAGUCUGUGAUAGUCUAAAAUGUGAAUAAAGAAUUGAUGCAUAUUAUUGUAUAUAUUAUAAUUAGUACACAAACUACAUAGAAAUAUCAUGUAUGAUAAUAAUAUAAAUAAGUAGAACACUUUCUCAUACAUCUUUUAAGGAAAUUAAGAUUACCAUAUGUGGUGUCAAUAUGCCGAGUUCUUUUUUAUGACUUUCAAAUAUAAUUUUAUUGUCGUUUAAUUGAAAUUAUCUUACAUAUUAAAUUUUUUGUUGUGUGUAAAUGCAUAAAUGAAAUAUUGUUUUACCAAAAUAUGACCUGGUACCGUAGUUAAAGUAUUUUGGGAAAGUGAUCUUCAGUUUCUGUGUUUGUGUGUGACAUGAUGAAAUAAGUUAAUUUCUAUGUUUGCCAAAUGUUAUAAUAUUAACAGUAUAGGUCCCAAUACCUGAAUAAAUGUUAUAUUUAUUUAUUUAAAUGCUCACCUUGCUUACCUCACCAUAUGAUAGUCAAUUAUUUGUUUUAUACAAUUUAAUAUUGUCUAAUCUAGAAAUUAGUCAUUAACUGUAUUAAUACUCCUUAGUUGUUAUUUAUUUUAUCACAAACAGCAUUUGUAAUUAAUGGUCACAUUAUGUAAAAUCUUAACAUUAUCAAUACUCGUGUUGUUUUAUACAAUAUAAUUGUAUACUGUGGAUAAAAGAUGUAUUUGUUGUUUAAAUAGCUGAGAAAUCUGUUAGCUAUCAAGAGUACAGUUGGAUAUGUCCUACAUAUUUAAAACUGUUUAAUAUUUAAAGUUUUCUAUAUUUCUUCACAUUGUGUUCAAGCAAAAUUUCCUAUCAAUAAUAUUAUAAAUAAUUUAUAAUAAUUAUUAUAUAAUUAUGUUAAUACAAACACAAUAUACGAUAUAUAGAUAGAAAGUGACAAAAAAAAUCAAAUUUCAUAAAAAUGAUAUUAUUAUAAGUCAGUUUUUCGUAGCAUUCCAGUAUAUUCUAAAAUGAAACUAAAGUCUUUCUUUGAUAACUUUAUAAUCGAUAAUAUUAUAAAUAAUUUAUAAUAAUUAUUAUAUAUAAUUAUGUUAAUAACAAUUCAAAAUAGGGUAUAUAGAAGAAGCCAAACAAUUUAAUGACAGAUAUUAUUCAAUGUACAAAUGGGUAACUAGAAAGUGACAAAAACAUCAAAUUUCAUUAUCUAAUUUACCUUUGGGCUAAAAGUGAUAUUAUUAUUGAUUAGUUUUUCGUAUAUUUUUACAUAACAUAUAUAAAAACUCUUGUAGCAUUCCAGUAUAUUCUAAAGUCAAACUGAAGUCUUUCUUUGAAAACUUUAUAAUCAUGUGAUAAAAGUAAUUUUAUAUAUUUUUGUUGGGUAUUACAGUUUAACAUUCCAUGUAACAGACCUACCAGAUCACAGGUUAUUUUUUGACACAAAAUCAGCAAUUGGUAUAUUUCUGAACUUUUUAAAUUGAUUUCAACUUGUGCCUAAUAAAGCUUGAACAUUUUCACUUUAUAUUUUAAAUUGUGUAUUUAUGUCCCAGUUGCUAUUAUUUAUGGGCCAAUUCGGUUAGAUUUACAGUUAAUAAAGAGCACAAGUCAAAUUUCAGUUUCCACAUAUAAAAGCUUAGAGCAGUGGUUCCAGAACAGUGUCCUGGGAGAUGUCAUUAGAUGCACCUUGAAAAAUAAAUCCCCCCCCCCCCCUUCCAAAAACAUUAAAACCAUCUAGCACAUUUCUCGUUGAUAACUUUGCUCCAUUUAUUGAAUAAAAAAAAUAUACCUGUAUUUCUGCUUUACCUUUGUUAAUAUGUUUAAAUUUAUAUACCAAGUGUGCAUUAAUAUCUUACAGAAGUUCUCUGAGUAAAAAGAAGAGGUUUGGAACCACUGGCUUAGAGAUAACAGUAUAUUUUGUUUACCGGUACAUUUUACUUUUUAUUACUUAUUUUUUUUAUGUUCACUUGUAGUGGCAACUUGAAGAUGGCAUCACAUUUUUUUUUUUUAAAUUUAUAUAUAAAAAAAUAAACUUUUUGUUAUAAUUAUUUUUUCACUUACGUAUGUUAUUAUUAAAAUAUUAUAUUUGUGUUGUUCUAUAUAGUGGCCUUAAAAAAGUAUUGUAUAUGUAAUCUCCUCAUUUAUAUACUAUUUGUUGUAAUUAAACCAAUGUUCAUCUUUCAAAU